AUGGCGGCCAACACACCAGAAUCUGCUUGUGCAAAAACUGAGCACAAGGAUCACAACUGGGAAACUCUAGCUAACGCAGCUAGUCAGAGAAGGAGAGGACUCUUAAAGUACCUAACGGAGAUAAAGGAGGAAGACAUACCGGAGAUUGAGGAGAGUAUAGAGAAAAUAUCAACACAGAAAAGGCAUAAUGAAAAUCAGUUUGAUUAUGAUAUCACAGUUUUGCAGAAGUAUUUUGAUGAAGUGAUUAACAGGCUAACAGAAAUCAAGAGCAGCAAUGAAGAAACACUUAAAAACAACCUGAGCAAAACAGACGAACAUAAUAGCUGUGUAAAAUUUCAUUUAGACAAGAAACGAAAUCAACUUAUUGACACUAUGGAUUUUAUCGAGAAAAACAGCGGAAAUAUGUCAGAUUUCAACCUGAUUGACAACUUGAAACUUCUGAAACAAUUACAGUCUGAUAUUAGAGAGAUUAAACAUCCUGUGGAAUACGAUGGAGGAAAAGUCCUUGACGACUUACAAGAAACUUUGUUAAUUGAUGUCACCGCUGUAGAAGCAGGAUUAUUUCAAUACAGAGAUAUUCCAAUACGUUUACUUGAGGUAUGGGGUGAGGACUUUUGUUAUAUCCAGUCUUUUUCAUUAGACUACUUCAAUCAGAUCAACAGUCAAGGGAAAAAGAAACGAAAAUUCAUGAUAAAUCCUUGUGAUAUCUGUGUUUGUAAGAAUGGUGAAGUCUUCUUCACUGAUAAUGAGAACUAUACUAUUUGCCAACUCUUUCCUUCAGGGUCUGUCUCUGUAAUAAUGAAUACAGGGAACUUAGAACCACUAGGAAUCUGUCAGUCGGUGGAUGGUGGUCUUCUGGUCGCCUUGACAGAUUAUUCUGAUUUCUUGAUGCCUUUUACAAGCCUAAUAAGACAUAUGACUUUAACAGGUGACGUCAAACGUGAGUUAGGUGGUUCUCCUGGGUGUGAAUUAGCGAGACUCUUUUCUUUUCCGCAACGUAUUACACAGAAUGGUAACAGCGACAUCUGUGUUGUAGACUGGAGAAUGAAAUGA